AAGCGCACACGUGGACGCGAUCAUCUCCAGCUGAGCGGGGGUGCAGCCACGCAGUCCCCCCUCCUUGCGGCGCGCCAGUGGUACGCCCCGCGCUGGAAAGCAUUCGGCUCGUUGACCGGGCGGACAACCACCAUCAGCACCGGAGGAGUCCCGGAGCCUCCGACGAGCCGGUCCUUUUGUUCCCCUCCCGAAGCGAGCAGCCGCCUCCAGCCCCUCCGCCUCGCCAUGAAACAGACUCUGGGCGAACUGAUGAGGAUGAGCAGGAUAUGCCGGAUGGUAUUUGCCACUUGUUUGGGAUCCUUUAUUCUGGUCAUCUUUUAUUUCCAAAGUAUGUUCCAACCAGUCAUGCGGCGGAACCCCUUCAUGGUGGACAGCUGCUGUAGGAAAGGGUCCCGCAACGCUCUGCAGGAGCUCUACAACCCCACACAGGUGGAGUUGUCAGGAGCGGCUGUCCUCCACCAGACCAGGAGGGAUCAGGUAGUGGAUGCCUGUAGAAUAUACAGUGCAUCCAGCCGUAAGCGCAGAGUCCUGACCCCCGGCGACCUCAAACACCUCGUGGUGGACGAGGACCAUGAGCUCAUCUACUGCUAUGUCCCCAAGGUGGCCUGCACCAACUGGAAACGUGUCAUGAUGGUACUUACAGGUCGGGGCAAAUACAGUGACCCGAUGGAAAUCCCUUCAAAUGAAGCCCAUGUUCCAUCAAACCUGAAGACGCUCAACCAAUACAGUAUUGCAGAGAUCAAUCAUCGCCUCAAGAACUACCUAAAGUUCCUCUUUGUCCGCGAGCCCUUUGAGAGGCUGGUCUCGGCGUAUCGCAACAAGUUCACCCUCAAGUACAACUCCUCCUUCCACAAGCGCUUUGGCACCCGUAUAGUGCGUCGCUACCGAAAGAAUGCCACACAGGAUGCCCUGCUCAAUGGCGCUGAUGUCAAAUUCAAAGAAUUUGCUGAGUACCUGGUGGACCCAGCCACGCAGCGCGAUGGCCCGCUCAACGAACACUGGCAGACUGUCUACCAGCUUUGCCACCCAUGUCACAUCCACUAUGACCUGGUGGGCAAGUAUGAGACACUGGAAGAGGACGCAAACUAUGUCCUGCGCUUGGUGGGCGUUAGCGACUCCCUGCACUUCCCAAGCUAUGCCAAAUCCACCCGUACCACAGAUACCAUGACGGCCCAGUUCUUCAGCAAUAUCAGCACUCAACAGCAGAUCCAACUCUACCAGCUCUACAAGUUGGACUUCCUCAUGUUCAAUUACUCCAUACCAAGCUACCUCCGGCUGGAUUAACAGGGGACAGAGCUGGGACUCUGAGAACGGUUGCCGUGUUUAAGGAGAGGCAAAGAAAAAGAGUGAGGGGCAGAAUUUUUGGGGAGCAAACUUGAUUUAAGGAACUGUGCGGGGUCUGAAAUAAACACAGAAACAAAUGCAAAAAGAAAGAAAAAUAUCUGUGCUUGUCUGGACUCUGAGUGAUACAGAGUGCACUGACUGGAUUAGAACAUGGGCUAAAGGGACCAAACGCAUGCAAAGACUGAAAUGAGUGGGUGAAGCAGGUCUUCAAGAAGUUUUAAAAAGGGGAACUCAUCCUCUGAGGACAGACUUGAAGAGGGACUCUCCUGAUGACGUUUCCCUUCACAUUUAAAUGAAAUGCUGACAAAUUAGGCUGCUUUAUAUCGUGCAAAGUAAACAGCGGCCUUGCACGCGCCCUGACCCCAAUGCAUCGUGGGAGCUAAGCUUAUCUCCCCCUCCCCAUGAUCAAUAGAGCAAUUCCGCCAAAUUGUAAAAGACAAUUCCUGUCCUUUGCUGUGCUGCCAGCAUGGCAUGUUAGCAACCCUCACCCUUGCCCUCAUUAGAUUCAUACAUUUCAGAGGGAAACUGGCUCGUCCCCACCUCAAGGACGCCCCGUAAUGGAUGGCUACUGACUUCAUUCUCAAGACCUCUACAACUCUAACUGUGGUGGCAUGGCUUUCAGCCAUCAGUUUUGACCAAUCAAGUUCUGCCCCCUGGUCUCUAUUAUUAUGUCGUUGGCAUAAAUCAUAGCCUUGACAUUUUGAGCAACAGAAUGUGGUUAGAAAGGUUCAGAAUGCACUCACAUGAUUGGGUGGCAGCAGCUGUGAACGCCCAGUCUGCCGCUGAGUGGAAAGAAAAAGGAGGCGUGCGUGGUCGUGAGAGGGUUAAAGGUGCUGGAUCUUACCUGCCCUGCUGUGUCCCGCCCAGGGCCAUCACAUCCAGGACCGCACCCGCCCAGCCUGUUUGUCGUUGACCAAACAUGUCUUUCUUUGAAUUAAGAUUAUCCUUUUGUCUAGAUGCUUAGUUUUGUUUUUACUGAAGCAUUGCUGCGAGCAGCAAUUAUAAAAGAUUAUUUAAUUUGACUUGUUCAUUAAGCUAAAUGAAAGACCUAAGGUUUUGUUUUCCUGGGCUAAUGAGCGUUUUAAAAGUUUAACUGCUGAGUUUUGUCAUGUUGAUUCCUUCUUUCACAAAUUGCCUCCGAUGCAGCUUCAUUAUUAGCGCAUCACAGCACUUUCAUUUCUGAUGGUCGGUACAUUUUAGCCUGUGGCUUUGUCCCUCUGUGUCUGAGGUCUUUUCCCAUUGUCAAACAUUUGGUUUCAAAAUGGCCUUGAGAGCCUCAAAGAGUCACACACAGUGUUCAGUGCACAUCAUUGCAAUCAGGCAAAUUCAUGGGGUGAUCACCCAAUCGCCAACCACGUGAGAAUGAGCUGCUGUUCUCAGUGUACAUAUCAGUAUCCACUGCCCACAGUACAGAAUCAGAUACACACUGUCUGUACUGAUACAUCUCAUACUGUAAUUUGAUUAGUGUUACCAAUGCUAAGCAAUGUCAAGGUUAAUAACUGCACUCCAUUAUGCUGUGAAUUGGAUUACAGGCUGGUGAGUGAGCAGGGAGCCUGAGAGAGGAGAAAGGGAAAAAUAGAACAUCUGACGUGUCUCUCACACUGAAGAGAAAACGAGGAGAGUCAUUUGGUGGUUGGUUUUUUUUGCACCUUUCAAAGUGAAAGCCGCAUCUCUUUGUUUGACUUGACAGAAGCAGAAAUAAUCUCUUUAGGCCCGUUAGAGUUUAAUAAAGCCCCAGUUUUAAACUUGUUGUUUAUCCACCAUUCCUGCCGGCAAAUAACAUUAAACUCAUCAGAUUCAGUGUAGAAGUUGCUGAUGAAAUGACACCGCUGGACAAUGCUGGGUUGCUAGAUGCUCCAGCAGACAACUGCCCUGAAGACCCUGAAGACAGUAGCCCCCAAAAGCCUCAGGCUCUGGGUGACAAUUGGUUGGUGGCAAUUGGAUUCAUUGUAACUUUGUUUGAGAAAGGGAGAAAGGGAUAUUUACUGCUAAAGCACAACAUCAUUGAUAUGAUUUACACAUCAAGUUUUGUUUUACCUGUCAUGGUUAGUACUACCCAAACUAUGGAAAAAGUUAUGCAUUUAGUCACUAUAAACUGGUGUUUAUAAGGUCGGAAGAAUCUUGACUAACCAUUCAAACUUGAAGUCAGGAUUUUAAGGCUCUGUAAAACAGAAGUCAUAGUCCUAUUUGAUUCUGCAUAUUUAUGCGUGUUUGGUAGAAACAGGAAGCCAUGGAGGAAACCGUUGUGGAUAUUUAUUUGGUGUUUACACAUAAAAAUGGACGUAGUCACCGGGUCCGGAAAAUAAAGCCAACGUGGGAGUGCCUGAAGUCACUCUGUAAGGCAAGAGCCUGACACAUGUUCAAAUCCAGUCGGCUAAAAAGUCUUAAACCCACCAUAGUCAGCAACAUGUUUUUGUGUUGUCAAGGUGAGAUGGUGAAGGUAAGGGGGCUGUCCCAUUCCUAUUCAUACCAUUUCAGGCCCUUCAGACUCUCCCACUCAAUCACUUACCAGGUGAUGUCACGUAAGUCUGUGAGGGUUCAGGGGUUAGGGGGAACAUUGAGAUUGGGCCUUUUUUGAAAAUGACUCGAGUUCUCACUUGAUUCGCAACGUCAGUAAAUACUUUCCUCGCUAGUUUGAAGUCUUCUCCAAUUCAGCUUGACGUUCAUUUUGUAAAUUGUGGUCUCAUUAAGAGUAAAAUAGAUGAUAUAGCACCGUAGCGUGGAUACAGUGUGAUUGACAGCUUGUACCGUCCAAUCAGUGCACGGUUGCAGGUGCAGGUGGACAAGCUCUCAGUCAGACCCACUCCCCACUCUUUCUUCUGAUUCCAAAACAAAGAUGGCGCUGGUCAAAAACCCGAGGUUUCAUAAAAGUGUGGGUGAAGUCACGAUGGGUUGUCACUUGUGUUUGCGGCCAAUAGCAAUGAAUCUGCAUUACACCUAGCGAGCAGAGUUGAGUGUAACCAGCAGCUCAUAAUGGAAAGUCGUAUCGACAGCCUGCUCUCUGCCCCCUUUUUUUUUCUCUCCAUAUAUUUGGCAACAACAAGAGAUAAAUGAACAAUUAACACAAAGACACAGGAUUAAAACUGGAAACAUUUAUCUUUCAUUUUAUGUGGCCCUCAAAUCUGUCUCUGGUGAUCCCCCCGGCCUUUUUGAAGCGCAAUAGUUUACAAGUGGAGAAUCCUCUUGAGUGUAACUUUACAACAUGCAGCUUUGCAGUUCACCUUUACAUUUGGCUCCCAGGUUGAUAGUUAGGUAUACUGUACUUGAUUACUUGAUGACUCCAAGAUAGCCUCCCUUGCAGUUUUCUCCGGUGUUUUAAAGAUGAAGCUGGUGGGCAUACGUCACAAAACGUAGAUCAUCAGACAUCUGGCUCCAACAAAGGAGAAACACUCCCAGCCUUGCCUGUAGCUCCGAGGCUGCAGGAACAGUGGCUGUAUUCUCAGCACAGCUUCCUCACAUUAGCACUUCUGCUGAUGUUGAUGCCGCGCAGCACCUUACUCAGCAGUUGUAGGCCGAGGGAAGGGCAGCGAGCUCCUCUCCACUUUAACACACCGGCUGAACCUCCCAGCCUGCAAACAAGUCAUUACAAAGGCCUCUUUUUUUUUCUCUCUCCUGUCAAACCUUGCUCUAAAAGUUGCCUCAUGUUUAAAAAAAAACCCAAACAGAAGCAAGUCAGUGUCAAUGAUCCGUACCGUCCCUGCAGGAAGAAGGCAGCCUGUUUAAACGAACAGAGCUUAAAACUCCCACAGGGAACCAUAAAAACACGCGUCCUUAUUCUUAACUCCGGCCUUGACUGCCCAGCUGUCUGUGGGAGUCAGGCCGACAUGUUUAUUUCUGUUGUUUUUGAACGACGUCUACUAUUAGACUGAAACACAAAUUUGCUACACAGGAAAUCCUGUAAACAUAUCUGAUGUUGGACUGAAUGAUUUGAUUUCUGCUUAUUUCCUUGUUUUUUAUUCAAUCACACAUUGACACAUCUUUAGAGUAAAGCUUAAUGUCAUACCAGGUUGAUAUUAUUAGCAACUAAAGGGAUACUUCUUUUUGACAUUGUGUGUAUUUGCUUUUUUUGCCAAAAGUUAGAUGAGAAGGAUGAAACUACUCUAAUAUCCGACUGUUCGAUAUGAAGCUACAGCCGGGAGCCACUAAAUGACUUUCUAGCAGGAGCUUCUUGUUUAUCAUACAGACAUGAGCAUGUUAUCAAUCUUCUCAUCUCAAAGAAAGCAAAUAAGUGUAUUCCCAAAACAAUCUCAAUCUUUGCUUUUGCAGCGCAAAAGAUAUCUUGAGUAUUGAUGAAAAAGUUUCUUUUUUUCAUUUUUUUCAGGUUUUAGUCGGGAUCCUCUUUGGCACCAAAAACACAAUAUACGAAAUGAAAUUCCGCCUGAAGUGUUAUCAGGUCUCAUAUCAUCAGCACAGAGGGACAAAGCAGGGACUCUGACAUAUCUACUGCCCCACAGCAGGAGGCAGACAUCAUGUUAUUCACUCCACUGUUGCUUUUGAGCUGCGAUGUUUGGAUGUUCACACAAACACACACACACACACACACACAUAAAUCACAACAAACAGUGAGUUUAACUUGAGGAAUAUCUGGUAUAUUACAGCCGUCAUUUGAUGAGGUCUUAGAGAGAGAUGAGGUCCAAGGGGGCCAAGAGAUGAGCAGUCAGACAAUCGCACAGUUUGUAAACAAGCCGACAACAGUUCAUCAACUUCAUUUGUAGGGUCGAUAUUCCACAAGUGAGUGCACCUGAAAUGUCAUCAAUAAAUCCCGCAUUGAACUGAAAAACCUACGCGUGUGCUCAACUACGGCAAGCGCAGCAGGUCAAAGUUGAACCCCAGACUGUUUCAGCAAGCUGGAGAAGGAGCCAACCAAUUGUUUGGCAGGACAACCCCCAGGGCUCAUGGGAAAUGACACACAACACUGAGUCAGUUACACAACAGGAAACACAACUAUUACCAAUGGAGAAGAUAAAGUGUUCUACAUACUUCAGUGCGUCUGUAAACUGUGGUGGAUGUUUACAACUAAACAGAAAACAGUUUUUGUUACACAGUUUACAGACCAACAUCUGGCCCACUAUUACAUUAAAUUCAUUUUGCUGACACUUUUGUCCAAAGCGAGAAUCACCGAGGCAGGCAGCAUUAAGGGCUUUGCCUGAGGGGCCCCACUCUGGGAGAACCUGGAAUCGAACCUCUCCCAUCUCUACUGUAGUCAGCGGUGUUACCCGCUGAGCUAUAGCAGCUCUCCUGGGAGCCGAGACUGUUGAUACUGUUGGCUUGUUUACCACCUGUCUGCUCCUCAGACCACUACUGUUUCUUGCCCCUUUUUGUAUUUUGCCGUAGGAUUAUUGAAGAAUUUUCCAUCGCACACUGUUAUUUGACUGAUGAUGACCAAAAACGACCAUCAAACUUAGACCUCAGUUGUAAUAACGCAGAAUUGUCCUUUACACAAGCUGCUUCAUGUGAUUUCAACCAACAUGCUUUGUGCGUGUUCAUGAUAAGUUCUUUGUCGUGUACAGAGCAACAGUGUUGUCCUGCAUAUGGAACACAUUGAAGUGAUAUUCUUUGAUAAAUGAGUGUGAGUGGUCGCUACGCGUUAACAUAUGAAUGUGCCAUCACAUGUUAACAGAAGUUGUCAGAUUAGUCCACAUUUGCGUCGCCGUGGCCUCAGUGAGCCUGUCCCAUCUGGUCCAGUGUUUCCAGCAGCUUCAUCAAUGCUGUCAGAUGGUGUGGAUGUUGUGCUGUGACCUGUACAGCCGUGUGUGUGUGUGUGUGUGUGCGUGUGUUUGGUGUGUGUGACCUGCUGAGAAACGAAACCAAGAUCAGCUGUGCGUGUCACUGAAUUUAUACCACGCCAUCAGCAUUUCUCACCAUUGUGUCUAACAGUGCCUCAUAUGCUGUAACUAUAAUUGGAGCUGUAUGAGUAUGUGUGUGUGUGUGUGUGUGUGGGUACGCGUGUGUGCGUUGAUACUCUGUGCUAUACCCGCUCUGCCUUAGAGCAGUAUUUAUUUAUUUAUUCUCCCCACACUCCUUCGCUAUCACCAUGGCAACACACCUAAACUCCUUGUUUCCUCUCCUCUUAAUGUCUCCCGGGACAGUCUCUCGCUGUCCCCGCAGUUGUACUUUGUUCACUUUCAGGCCUACUCUCUGAAAUCAUGAAUAAUUGAGUGUGGGACCCGCUGUUCAUCCUGUCUGAUGUUUUCACAAUAAAAUACACUGAAACUCAA